UUCCUUCACUGACACAGCAUGGAGGAUUCUGCAGAGCAGAGUCAGGAAAUGAGAUAUCACAUGCUGCAAAGGCCCAGUAUGUCUGGUUUACACCUUGUAAAGCAAGGCCGGGACAGGAAGAAAGUUGACGUGCAGCGGGAUUUCACUGUGGCUUCUCCAGCAGAAUUUGUUACUCGUUUUGGAGGGAAUAAAGUUAUUGAAAAGGUGCUGAUAGCGAAUAACGGCAUUGCGGCCGUGAAAUGCAUGCGGUCCAUCCGGCGCUGGUCCUAUGAGAUGUUUCGCAAUGAGCGGGCGAUCCGAUUUGUGGUCAUGGUGACUCCCGAGGACCUGAAAGCCAACGCAGAGUAUAUUAAAAUGGCAGAUCACUACGUCCCAGUCCCAGGAGGACCGAACAACAACAACUAUGCAAAUGUGGAGCUCAUCCUUGACAUUGCGAAGCGGAUACCAGUGCAGGCUGUAUGGGCUGGCUGGGGCCAUGCGUCUGAGAACCCUAAGCUACCAGAACUUCUCCACAAAAAUGGGAUCGCUUUCAUGGGUCCUCCAAGCCAAGCAAUGUGGGCCUUAGGAGAUAAAAUUGCUUCUUCCAUAGUGGCUCAGACUGCCGGCAUUCCAACUCUUCCUUGGAGUGGCAGUGGUCUUCGAGUGGACUGGCAGGAAAAUGAUCUUCAGAAGCGUAUCUUGAAUGUGCCUCAGGAACUGUAUGAAAAAGGCUACGUGAAGGAUGCGGAUGACGGACUGCGGGCUGCUGAGGAGGUUGGCUACCCUGUCAUGAUCAAGGCUUCUGAAGGAGGAGGAGGAAAAGGAAUUAGGAAAGUUAACAAUGCAGAUGACUUCCCCAACCUGUUUAGACAG